GGCCAGGAGUCCAGGGACCGAGGGGCGCGAGCCCGGAGAGAGCCAACUGGAACCGCGGCCCGGACGGCGACAGCUGCCAGCCGCGCAGAACUGUUCCCGCCACCGGCCUACUGUAGCCGCUGCACCAGGACCUUAUUCCAAAGCUCUCCAAGACUCACCCGCCCCCUGGCUCCUCCCGUUGAACAAGAAAAAGAAAAAAAAAGGGGGGGGGCAGAAAGAAGGAUACUAGAAAGGAAACCCAGAUUUGCCACCACAACCAAAAAAAGAGGGGGGAGGGAGGAAAAGGAGCAAGUCCAGCGACUGUGGGGCCGGACGCAGGCGGCAGGCGCGUGGGCCAAGCGAUGCGGGGAUGCGCGCCCAAGCGGCCGCCAGCUGUGACUGAAGCCGGGAUGCACUGCCAGGCGCGGUGAAGAGCCAGACCCUACUGCCUCCCCGAAGGAGCCCGGGCGCAGGGAGGGCCACCCCAGGACACGGAGGGCCGCCUGGCAGGCCACAGGCUGAGCUCUACCUCAAGCCGGAGAGAACCUAGUGUCGCUUUCCUCGGACCCUCAGCUCUCCGCGUCUUCCUCUUCGUCUCCAGCUCAAUUUUAUUUAUUUCCGUUCCCGCCGCCGUUCACGGUGACCUUCACUCCUUCACGGGCUUUGGGCAGAAGAGCCGCUUUCUCACCGGCUUGAUACUGCUUUUCACCGCCUCGGGAGCUGAGGUGGCGCUGCUCAAUUCCACGCCCUGGGACUCCCAGGUUGCCCCACCACCAAUCUUGUUUCUCCCUGGUUCGGGUUUUGGCUUGUCCGGCUCGAGUGGGUCUCCUCUUUUUUGGAGGAGCUGGAAAGCUCAGGCUGAUCGUCUUCGGGAGUCAUCUCGGCUCUACUUGUCCUGCCUCUCCCGGCCUCACCCGACCAAACCAAAGACCAUGGUGCACUGUGCCGGCUGCAAAAGGCCCAUUCUGGACCGCUUCCUCUUGAACGUGCUGGACAGGGCCUGGCACGUCAAGUGCGUGCAGUGCUGUGAAUGUAAAUGCAAUCUGACCGAGAAGUGCUUCUCCCGGGAAGGCAAGCUCUACUGUAAGAACGACUUCUUCCGAUGUUUCGGUACCAAAUGCGCCGGUUGUGCGCAGGGCAUCUCUCCUAGCGAUCUGGUUCGGAGAGCGAGAAGCAAAGUGUUUCACCUCAAUUGUUUCACCUGCAUGAUGUGUAACAAGCAGCUUUCCACCGGCGAGGAGCUGUACAUCAUCGAUGAGAACAAGUUCGUCUGCAAAGAAGAUUACCUAAGCAACAGCAGUGUCGCCAAAGAGAACAGCCUCCACUCGGCCACCACAGGUAGUGACCCUAGUUUAUCUCCGGAUUCCCAAGACCCAUCACAGGAUGAUGCCAAGGACUCAGAGAGUGCCAAUGUAUCGGACAAGGAAGGUGGCAGUAACGAAAACGAUGACCAGAACCUAGGCGCCAAGCGCAGGGGACCCCGAACCACCAUCAAAGCCAAGCAGCUGGAGACACUGAAGGCAGCCUUUGCAGCUACACCCAAGCCCACACGCCACAUCCGAGAGCAGCUGGCUCAGGAGACUGGCCUCAACAUGCGUGUCAUCCAGGUUUGGUUCCAGAACCGACGUUCCAAGGAGCGGAGGAUGAAGCAGCUAAGCGCGCUAGGCGCUAGGCGCCACGCCUUUUUUCGCAGUCCGCGUCGGAUGCGGCCGCUAGUGGACCGCCUGGAGCCGGGGGAGCUCAUCCCCAACGGUCCCUUCUCCUUUUAUGGAGAUUACCAGAGCGAGUACUACGGCCCCGGGGGCAACUACGACUUCUUCCCGCAAGGACCCCCGUCCUCUCAAGCCCAGACACCUGUGGACCUACCCUUCGUGCCCUCUUCCGGGCCUUCGGGGACACCACUGGGAGGCCUGGACCACCCGCUGCCCGGCCACCACCCUUCAAGCGAGGCGCAGCGGUUCACCGACAUCUUGGCGCAUCCCUCUGGGGACUCGCCCAGCCCGGAGCCCAGCCUGCCCGGGCCUCUGCACUCUAUGUCGGCGGAGGUCUUCGGGCCCAGCCCACCCUUCUCGUCUCUGUCCGUUAAUGGUGGGGCGAGCUACGGGAACCACCUGUCCCACCCUCCUGAAAUGAACGAGGCGGCCGUGUGGUAGCCGGGUCUCCCACGGUCCACCGAGUUUGUGGUUGUACAGAAAUGAACUUUUAUUUAAGAAAAACAUGAAAAAAAAAAAGAAAAGAAAAACAUAAAAAGCAAGCCUCUUGCUCCACUUCCUCCAGCCUUGGGGACCAUUCUCUGUUUGGGGAGACUGGAUGGCAAAGGAGGUUUAAAAUAGGAUCCAAAUCCCCUUCGAGGUGGAACGGAGAUCCACGCACUGGCUGGAAAAGCGCAGAACUGGGGCUCCGGAAGGGGAAUUCAGAGCUCUCCCCAACGUUCCACCUGGGCCUGAAUCCGUGAACCCACUCCGUGGGGCCGGUGCCUCUGGCUAGCCGAAAGACAUCUACGACAGCUGCAGGCGCACACAACCCUAGGUGAUGCCAGGAGCCUGGGGAGGGAGGCCCGGAGGCACUCAGCUGGGUGAGGGAGGAGAAGCUGUCGGGGGCAGUCCAGCCUGGAGGGUCCUAGUUCUGAGAGCUCCCUUAGGGAUGUCUCAGAGUUCAGCGUCAACAGCAAACUUAUAGCUUCAGAAACAACGGCCUGCUGUGCAUCAGGUGGGACUAUAUAUAUAUAUAUAUUUUUUUUUUUUUUGUCUAUCUGGGUUUUUAUUUUUUGUUUUUGCCAAAAUUGCAAAAUUCUAAAUGUAAAGCCCUCAGUAUCAACUCUUCUACCUUCACAAAUUCUCAUUCUCUCUGUCUCUGUCUCUGUCUCUCCCUCUACUCUCUCUCUCUCUCUCUCUCUCU